GUUAGUCCGACUGCGACAGUUUGCAUUACAACACAUCGCCGGCAGCACGCUGCACUGCUUCCUUAAUUAAACUUUUUUCGCGGUGUACAGUAUUAUAAUUAAGCGGGGACAUGGCGCGCAAGCACGUGUUGGUCAUCGUGAUGCCGGCGUUCGGGCACUACAUCCCGGGCCUGGAGCUGGCCAAGAAGAUCGCGCCGCACCACGACGUGACGCUGUGCAUCUCCGGCUACAAGGUCCCGGACAUUAAGCAGCGUGACCUUAUGCCGCCCGCCCCCAUCCGGCUGCACGGCGUCGCCGACCACUUAAACUUCAACCUGGACGAGCGCAUCCACGAGAUGCGCGAGAGCUUCCAGGCCAUGGCCGACCUCGACCCGCACUACGAGGCCUUCAUCCGCGCCCUGGGGGACCCCUCCGCCGCCGGGGUGGACCUCCCGCCCGUCAGCGCCAUCUUCGUCGACGCCACCUUCCCGGCCUGCAUCCGGGCGGCGCACGCCCGCGGCCUCCCGGCCUUCGCCUUCAGUCCCUUCUCGCCGGUCUUCCUGGCGCACUACGGCGACAUCGACGAGGACACCCCGACCAUCGCCGCCGAGUCCUUCCUCGACGGCUCCGUCACCGACCUCACCAAGGUGGCCAUCCCCGACUUCAUGAAGGCGCAGGCCAUCCGCAACUACGACGCCCUGGCCCUGUCCACCGCCAUCCUCUUCAACUCCUUCCAGGAGCUGGAGCCCCACGUCAUGGACCUUCUGGGGAACAGCCGGCGCUUCGCCAGCGUCCCCAUGAAGUUCAUCGGGCCGAUGCUGCCGACGGACGAACACCUGGACCGCAAGAAGGACCUCCUGGAGCACCGCAUCCUCGACUGGCUGGACACCCAGGCGCCGGCCUCCGUCACCUACUUCUCCUUCGGGACCGUCGCCGUGCCCAAGCCCGAACAAAUCGCCCAGGUCGCUGCAGCGUUGACGUUCUUGAAGCGCCCCUUCAUCUGGGCGCUGCGUCCCUUUUUGCAGGAGCACCUCCCGAAGGAGUACACGGUGUCCACCGCCGACUCCCUGGACCCCGCCGCGCCUUAUUUAAUUGUGCCGUGGGCGCCGCAGAAGCGCGUCCUGGGUCACCCGGCCGCGGGGGUCUUCGUCAGCCACUGCGGCUGGAACAGCAGCCUGGAGGCGGCGUCCUACGGGGUCCCGGUGGUCGGUUGGCCGAUGUUCGGCGACCAGCACGUCAACGCGAUCAUGCUGGAGCAGUUGGGCGCCGGGAAGACGAUCAAGGGCACCGGGGUCAUCGGGCGGGUGGUCCCGGCGGAAGAGAUCGUCGAGGCCAUCCAGACGGUGGCCGGGUGGAGGGAAGCGGGCGACGGGAAGAGCCCGUACCGCGAGACGAUGGGGACGUUAGGAGAAAAGGCCCGCGCUACCAUCGGGCCCGCCGGACAGUCCACCAAGAAUUUGCACAGCGUUCUUAACCAGAUUUAACAGGACGUACAGUAUAACAAAUUUCAUUUGGAUUAGUUUAUUGGGCAAUAGCCGCCAUAACAACAAAAGUGCAAGCGCCGGCACACUACUUUACAGUUAAAAUUUAAACAUUAAAAAAACAACCAAAAUCUCUAUCCAACCAAAAUUUCAUUUGUAUGACAACGUUUUAUUUGGCAGUUUUGGCGAAAUGAUGAUAUUCUGAUUUAAAAUUAAGCCGAAUUGCUUAUACCGUUGAUUGUCUUGGGAAAAAUUAUCUGUGCGGCUCUGACUGCGAAUGAACGGGUGUGAGUAAAU